AUGAAGAAUUAAGCCAUCAUUUUGUAAAUAAAAUUAAAUAAUUCUAAUCAAUAAGUUUAGUGGGAUUCCAGAUAAUCUAAAUCCCUGAAAAAUUUCUUUAAAAAGAAUUAUGUAAUCUUACAUCCUGGUUGGGCAAACUUCCCUAAGCACAGGAUUAAAUUUGAAACUCCAAAUUUAAGGAGUGGAUGGCGAAAUUAGUAAUUCUUCCCUUCAGAAUAGACUUUUUAGUUUUGGCUUUUGGAUUUGGUUAUGAUCGAUUCAUAGCAAGGGUUAGUAAGAAUUAUUAUAAAAUGACAUCAUCUUCAAUAACAAGGAUAUGAGUGGCGA